CCGAGUCGACAAAGGUCGAGGUCAUGCGAGUUGCAUGUAGCCGUGACAUCUGCCCACACUCCCCCUUUCAUCAAGGUAGCAUCCCCACAUCAUCAAUGUCCUUAUCGAUACAUUCCUUUUCCCUGCAGGAUACGCUUGAUCGAACGAUUCAACGUAGAAUCGUAUUAUAAUCAACAAGCUUCUAGAGGAGACACGAACUCGUAGAAAGGCAUUCCGUAUCGACCUCCUGCCUUGAUCAUCAAGCUUCGAGCAUCAGUGCUCCUAGGUCAACAUCACGCUCGCACAGCACCCACACAUCACACUUCGACGCAUCGAUUAGCUAUGGCGUCGUUGUCAAGACCCGGCUCGAACGCACCAUCUCGCCGAGGGUCUACCCGUCCUUUCGAGAAUGAGGACGAUAGCAACGGACGACACGGACCUCCCAACAACAACUACAACGAUAACGAUGACGAGGUCUCUCCCAAAUCAUCCGCUCCACCUUUUAGGCAUUUCGAGAGGUUGAUCAAUAUCCCCAGCGACCUCGUCCAUAAGCUCGGCGGGACCGAGAUUACUACCCUUGGACCGGUCGACCACAAGUACGAUCACGACAACGGCCAUGACAGUGAUCAUAACAGUAUCUACCCUUCCAUCCGAAGACGAUCAUCUCUCUUCUCCCUCCAACUCCCUGUCUCUCGGCGAAGGCUCGUCAGGCUAUCUCUACUCUUCACGGUGGUCGUCUUGUUCGUCAUGACGCUAGGGUCCGGAGCGAGGAAUCGAAGACGGACGAGGAUGAUCGCGGCGGCGUCGGGAUCCGUAGCGGGAAAGGACGCCAGGGGAGAAUUCAGAUGGCCAGCGUGGGUGGACGCUGGAUCCGGUCUUAAGCUGAGCUCUAGGUCAGAGGCUGGACGGACGUCGAAAGGCCUCUUGGGAAGAAAGUUGCAAAGAAGCCUUCGGGAUUUAGGGUUGAUGCCCGUCUUUCUGGACGGGGUCGAUCUCCCUCAUUCCGCAUUACAAGGAUCUAGUUCCGCUCAUUCUCCUCUUCGACGACGGCUCAAUCCGGUAACGACUCCACCUGGCGAGCUCAAGAUUCAAGCUGGAGCCGCACAAGAAGAGGUCAGACAGGGCACGGCGGAAGGACAGGAAGAGGAUGGGGAAGAUGGGGACACGAUGCCCUGGUUCUGGGGCAACGUGGACGAGGUCGGGUCGAGUCCUUUUGAUCAUCUUCCCGAGCUCGAUCUCGAAGAUGAUGGUGAUGAUGGGCAGAAGGGCAAGAGGGUGUUGUUCUUGACCGACUACCACGACUACCUGGAACGCAUGAACACGCAUACCUACGAAAUCGUGGAUUCUGCCCUGAGACAUCCUCUGAUAUCCCGGGUCGACGUAUGGGGUCCGGGUUGGCACGGAUGGGACCCCGAGGUAAAUAUCGGGGAGAACGUCCGUAGGAGAAUGUGGAGGGUUUCCGAGAUCGACAAGGUUACGAAGGGAAAAGAUACGGACGAGAGGAGAGCUCGAGCCGGAGAACAGGUUAUGGGUCGGCAGCGGGAGGGUGACGACUGGGCUGGCAUCUGGAAAGAUUCGGAUCGCCAGGUUCGGCUGGAAGAGCAAGCCUCGGAGAUGGAAAAGAGUACUGUCGAAGAUGGGGUCAAGAUGGGAAAAUGGCUCGAGGUUGUCAAAGGAGUGGCCGAGGGAUGCCCAGCGGAAGGUUUCGACCUGGUCUGGACCAUCUCCGACAUUUUUAAACAGAAUGACAAGAGAUUGUCCCCUAUGCCAUGUGGAGCUCUCUUGGCACAACAGAUCGGGGACUGCCACUCGCUCAACUGCUUCAAGGAAUGGUACCCCUACUCUAGCAACAUUACGGUCACAAAGUACGCUUUCGAGAUGCUGGACGUCUACAACCCGGAGAGGCUCAAGGCAUCAUACCCGGAUAUGAGCAUGCAUCUGUUCGGACAUAGUCCAGAUUCUGCCAAUCAGUGGGACUUUUUCCCUGGCAAAUGGAGCGAACGCAAGCAUGAUGCGCAGAUGUUUGGCUUCACCGGUAGCUUCUACCCGUUGCGAACCGUGGUGACCAAUGCUAUUAACGAUGGCAAGGACACCGUCAUCAAGCGGUUCCAACAUCCUGGAUAUACCAUUUGGGAAGAUCCGAAGGCGUACGAGGAUCCUCUCGAGACGUAUACAAUCGACCACCCUUACUAUCAGAAACACAUCCGUAUGCGACAGGACUUUGCAGAAGGUCUGAGGAGUAGCAAGAUCUGUGUCUUUGAUUCGAGUUUGAGCAGAAAGGCGAUCCGCAAAUACGCACAAUCAUUCUUGAGCGGUUGUGUCGUCGCCGGGGACAUCCCCACCGAGCACGAAGAGGCGUUUGAAAAGUUCAUGAUCAAGCUUCAUCCGGACAAUACCAUCGAGCAAAUCGAUGACAUCCUCAAAAAGGCCUUGCUGGACGAGGAAGAAUUGAAGAGGAAAGCGUUCUUGGCGUUUGCAUACGCUCGCAAAUACCUCACCAACACUAACAAGAUCACCCAGAUGCUCCGCCUAGUCGACAAGCACAACGAAGGAGCUCGUGGAUAUGAUUUGCCGUACGGUUUCUCGCUGAGAUGCCGAGCAUACUGGAGCAAUGAGGACUCGCAUAGACCACCUUGGUGUCAGGGUUAUCGAGGAUUGGAAGGCAAGCCGCGACCGGGUUAAGGCUUGGUCUCGGACGUCACGUAAGGAACUGUAUCGAUAGUCUUGUAUAUCACUAGUACCGCCUUUGUAUCCACCGAUUUUAGCAUGCCUUCAAGGU